AGCUCGAGGAGCAAUUAUAAAAGAUAUAGUUACAAAACUUAUAACAAAACCAAAUAAUUUUAUAACACCACCAACAUCACCAAAAAAAAUUUCACAAGAUGAUUUAGAUUCAUCAUUAAAACGUUUAUUUAAAGAUUCUUUAAAAUUUGGUGAUAAACCUCCUGAUAUACCUCAAGUAAAAACUUUAUUAGAUCAAGGUGCUAAUCCAAAUAUUCGAAUUUUACAACCAAAACCUUCAAAAGAAC